AUGGUUUUUUCCUCCUGUAUAUUAGCUGAUACUGAGAGAAUGCACACACAACCAAAGCAGGCGUAAUUCUAAAAAACCGAAAAUAAUUCCGUGAUUUCGCGACGUCAUUUCCUCCAAAACCAUCCGGGAAAGUAACCGUUCUCUUUCUUCAGAAAUAUUUCUCUCCUCCAUCUCGUUCCGUUAAUAGUAGGAUAAAAUAAGGAAAGAUAUAAAAGGCCUGCGCAUUAUCUUUAAUCUCUUCCGUUGUUCUCCUCAGUGCUGUGCGCUGGAAGCUGGAAAUUUCUUCUGCUUCCCUCUACCCCCCUCUUCUCCUUUUUUGAUCUGUUUCUCGACUCCUGUAUCGUCGGUGUUCCUUGUUUCUCUUUCGUUUUCUGUGUAAUAAGUAUUUUCUUUCGCGGUUCGCUGAUUUUUUACCUUUUCCCGCGGCUUUACGGCGGCCGAUCUCUUCGUCGCGGCUCAGCUGCUUUGGGAAGAAAAAGCUCCCUAAUACUCCGUCUCCGUCGCACCGGGAAGCAAGAAAUCGUCUGUGAUCUUCCAGUUUUUAAACACCGAUCUUGUCAACCAUGAGGGAAUGCGUGUCGAUUCAUAUCGGACAGGCCGGCGUGCAGAUGGGCAACUCCUGCUGGGAGCUGUACUGUCUGGAGCACGGCAUCAAGCCAGACGGGCAUCUGGCUGACGAUGCUGCCGAGAUUCGCAGUCUGAAGCAGGCGGCGGCCAUCAACGGGGAGCGUCCCUUCAACGGCGGCAACGGGGACGACACCUACAUGGCCUUCUUCAAUGAGACCGCAGCCGGGAAACACGUGCCCAGGGCCAUCUAUGCUGACCUGGAACCGUCCGUCGUUGACACGGUUCGGCACGGGACUUAUCGUCAGUUGUUCCAUCCGGACCAGCUCAUGUCUGGCAAGGAAGAUGCAGCCAACAAUUAUGCUCGAGGCCAUUACACGAUCGGCAAGGAGCUCAUCGAUCUCGUCAUGGACAAGGUUCGGAAGAUGGCCGAAAACUGCGUUGGACUGCAGGGAUUCCUGGUGUUCCAUUCGUUCGGUGGAGGCACUGGAUCCGGCUUCACGUCGCUGCUCAUGGAGAGACUGUCUGUGGAAUACGGGAAAAAGUCCAAGCUUCAAUUCACUGUCUAUCCCGCACCUCAAGUGUCAACCGCGGUGGUGGAGCCCUACAACGCUAUCCUGACAACGCACACGACCCUGGAACAUUCUGACUGCGCUUUCAUGGUUGACAACGAGGCCAUCUACGACAUCUGUCGCAGGAACCUAAGCAUCGAACGUCCAACUUACACCAAUCUCAACCGGCUCAUUGGGCAAAUCGUGUCUUCCAUCACAGCUUCACUCCGAUUUGACGGGGCUCUCAAUGUUGAUCUAACCGAAUUCCAGACGAAUUUGGUCCCAUACCCGAGAAUUCACUUUCCGCUGGUUACCUACGCUCCGAUGCUUUCCUCAGAGAAAGCGUACCACGAGCAAUUGACGGUAUCCGAGAUCACCAACGCUUGCUUCGAGCCAACGAACCAGAUGGUCAAGUGCGACCCGAGGAUGGGCAAAUACAUGGCGGUCUGCUUGUUGUACCGUGGAGACGUUGUACCCAAGGAUGUGAAUGCGGCCAUUGCUGCCAUCAAGACCAAGAAGUCCAUCGAGUUCGUGGACUGGUGUCCAACUGGCUUCAAGGUGGGAAUCAAUUACCAGCCGCCAACUUUCAUUCCGGACGGUGAAUUGGCACCGACACGCCGCGCGGUUUGCAUGAUUUCCAACACCACCGCCAUCGCUGAAGCUUGGGCGCGGCUGAAUCGAAAAUUCGAUCUGAUGUUCAACAAGCGUGCUUUCGUUCAUUGGUACGUUGGAGAAGGAAUGGAAGAGGGAGAAUUUGCCGAAGCCCGAGAAGACUUGCAGUCUCUGGAAAAGGACUACGAAGAAGUUGGUCGCGACGGGACCGGGGAGGAUGAGGAAUACGAAGGCGAAGAGUUCUAAACACGAGUCAGCCCCAUUCAAGGGCUUUUAAUCAACCCGAAAAUUUUCAAUACAUGCUUCCAGGAAUCUUCACACCCCUGUACCAUGAAUGCAAGGAGAUAAAAAAAAAAGAGAGCAGCACUCAUCAGAAAAGAAAGAAAAACCGGACUGUAUAAAAGAUCUUUCUUUUCUCUCUUCCACGGAACGAAUACCGAGGGGAACAAAAAAAAUGCGGCAGGAAUUUGCGCAAAUUUCGUUGCUGAUGGCAAGGUUCCGCCGCGCGCCGAUUUAAUCUCGCGAGCAUUAAGGUUUUUUUGCGUCUCUUUGGCUCAACUCUUGUCGCGGACCAAUUUUUUCUUCCUUUUUGUUUUAUUUCUCAAAGCCCGACGGGAAUGAAAAAUAAAACUUACUCGUUCUUUGAAAGCAGUGGAAAAA